CGACCGAGUGCUUUCUUUAUCAUCGUUGCUGUUGCUUCCGGUAGCUCACAGUCAAUAAGUGCAGUGCCGAGCUCGUCAUGUUUGGUUGGAAAUCUCCCGGCAAGAAAAAGGCGGAGCCUGGCUUUGCCACGGCGCAGGGCUGUGUGGCACUCGUGACGGGUUCCUCAGGCUUGUGCGGUGCUCGUCUCGUGGAAAUGCUGCUGGAUCGCGGUGCCCGAACCGUCAUUUGUUUCGAUCGGGCAAAGCCGAGUGAAGCUCUCGAACAGCGCUUCCAAGAAGCCCAGAAAAAGACGGGAGGCAAAUUGAUUGUUCUGGCGGGUCCCGACGGCGACCUGUGUUCCGACGAGGCCGUACAAGCAGCAUUCGACGCCGAGCCCAAGAUUGAUGUGGUCUUUCACAUUGCCGCCUUGGUGGGACCCUUUCACGAAUACGAAAUGUACAACGAAGUCAACUACAAGGGCACGCUCCGGAUCCUAGAAAACUGCAAACGCUGCAAGGUCCCGAAACUGGUCUAUUCGUCGAGUCCCAGUACGCGAUUUACGGGAAAAGACGUUACGGGGCAGACGGAAGACGAGCUCCCCAUGCCCGAUACCUGGCUUGCUAUGUAUGCCGAAACCAAGGCCUACGGUGAAAUGGCCGUCAGCAAGGCCUGCAGCGACACCCUUCGUACCAUUUCGGUAGCCCCGCACCAAAUAUAUGGCCCGCACGAUACUCUUUUUCUUUCCAAACUAUUGGAAACAGCCGGAACAGGCCGUUUGCGUAUUUUUGGACAGGGUAAAAACAAAAUCAGCGUUUGUUACGUCGACAAUUACUGCCACGGCCUCAUGUGUGGUUCGGACGUCCUGGACACGCCCAAUCAUGCAGCCCUGGGAAAGUUCUACAUUAUUACCGAUGGCGAACCCCAGCUAUUCUGGGCCAUGCUGAAUCAAGCAGUUCUAGCCAUGGGAUUUACCGACCUGUACAGCAAAUUCCAUUUGCCCGUAUGGUUUCUUUACAUAGCGGCCUACGUCGCCAACGUGAUUGGAUUCGUAAUCAAGAAAAAGCUCAAACUCAACCCGUUCAACGUCAAAAUGUUGACAAUUCAUCGGUACUUUUCUAUUGCCAACGCUCGACGCGAUUUACUGUACGAGCCCGUCUUGCCGUUUAACAAGGCCUGGCCUCUUACGAUUGAAUGGUUCAAGGAACACUGGCUGCCGCAGUGGGAAAAAGAAACGGGAAGAGCAGACUCUAGUGUUGUCGCUGGAAGAGAUACUAAACAAGAUUGAUCUUGAGUAACGCAAUGCUCGGACUACAUGUUUCAUUUUCAAAGUCGUUUGCCAAGUUCGUUCAGACCAGAGCCUCGUAUUGAACGAACGUAGUAGGACUAAAUUUCGCUCAAGUUCAAACGGAAUAAUACAUAUAAGUAUCAUCGCCUGUG